AUGGGCCCGGUGUCCUUCGAGGAAGAAGAUGAAGUGACAGAUACUCCCGGAGGGAAGACCAUUCUGGCUGACACGGCUGAAAUGCACACUCCCUACUCUUCCUGGAAGAGACUGUUAUCUUUCUUCAAUGGCUUCACGGCGAUAUCUGGUGUGAUCCUCACUGGCCGGGGCAUCUAUGGCAGCUUCAGAGGGGCUAUCCUGGCGAGGGUCCUCGCGCUGUCCUCCGCAUACCUCCUUCACGUUGGCUCCCUGUGCCCGGCAAUGAGCUGCCUCACGGGGCCGCUUGGCUUUGCCCGGUGGUCUGGAGCAACCAAAGGAGGCAGAGACACUCUCUUGUUUGUAAGUCGGAUCUGCACACAGACCCCAAAGCUCCCAGCCCCCUCCCUCCCUUCCCUCCGUGUCUUCCAAUGUUUCCCGUUCGUGGUUAUCAUUCUCAUCGCUGAAAUCACAGUGGUCCUCGCCUUCUUCCCCAUUGUUCAAGAAGUGGCCUUGGAGCACGUCUUCGCGACCCUGAGGAAGAAUCUUAAUUACAGUGAGCAGGACGACUGUUCCGCGGAAUGGAACUUGGUCACGGGGACGCUAAAGUGCUGUGGGGCAAGGAACUACACAGGCUUUUCUGGGUCUUCCUUUGAAAUGACUGCUGGUCCCUCGGACCCCAGGGGCUGCAGCCCACAAGGGUGA